AUGGGACAAGAGACCAAAGCACGUGAAGCUGAGGUUGGCGCUAAGGAUGUUGAGCACACAGAGGCGGCUAACGAGACAAAGGAAAGCAAAGCAACAGAGACUACAGAGACUACGGACAAACUCGCUGAUGACCUCUUCACAAACCACGAGCUGCUCCCAAGCUCUGCUGACGCCAACGACCUCAACAUCACCAAAUACCUAUCGAAACUCGACGAGUACCUAAUGCUUCAGCAGUCGCUAAUAACAACCUUGCAGAGUGGGUUCAUCAACAUAUCAAGGGCAAACUACUCGUCGGGCGGACUGAGACCCUACGGCAAGGACCAAUGGGACAUGAACUGUUUGGUCACUUCCAAAGUGGAGGAUGGCGUGUUGGUGAAGUGUAACACAGACCUGUAUAACCCGCUGAACAUGUUUGGGGUGCUGGUGCCACAGCAGCUGAGAAGUGCAAAGGAGGAGUUUGAGGGCUCCCUGGACAAGUGCGUUAGGCUUGUUCAUCUGAGAAGAGAGCUGGAUCAAUUGUCAUCAUCAUUGUCGUCUACAUAG